CUUUCUUUUCAGUUCAGUUCUAGCAGAAGGCUCAUUCAUCUAUCUAAAUAAACAUAUAGCAAAGCCUCAUUCAAAUCUUUAUUCGAUUGUAAUCCCUCGAGGUUUCUUUCCAAUCGUCCAUUUUAGUUUUCGCUUAGACUCUCUUCGUCGCUUAAUAGAUCUGCGCUUGUUUCCAAUUUCAGAUCCACAUUCAUACUAGCUAAUCCAGGAAUGGGGUACAUAGGAUCACAUGGAGUAGCAGCACUUCACAGAUAUAAAUACAGUGGAGUUGAUCACUCUUAUGUUGCUAAAUAUGUGUUGCAGCCCUUUUGGAGUCGAUUCGUUAACUUCUUCCCUCUCUGGAUGCCACCCAACAUGAUCACCCUUACAGGAUUCAUGUUUUUGGUUACUUCUGCACUGCUUGGCUAUCUAUAUUCACCUCACUUGGAUACAGCUCCACCAAGAUGGGUUCACUUUGCUCAUGGAUUACUUCUAUUUUUAUAUCAGACAUUUGAUGCUGUUGACGGGAAGCAAGCACGACGGACAAGCUCCUCAAGUCCGUUAGGAGAACUUUUUGACCAUGGAUGUGAUGCGCUUGCAUGUGCAUUUGAAAGCAUGGCUUUUGGUAGCACUGCAAUGUGUGGAAGAGACACUUUCUGGUUUUGGGUUAUUUCAGCUGUUACAUUUUAUGGUGCAACAUGGGAGCACUUUUUUACUAAUACUCUCAUUCUUCCUGCAAUUAAUGGACCAACUGAGGGUUUGAUGCUAAUAUAUGUAACUCAUUUUUUCACGGGAAUAGUUGGCGCUGAGUGGUGGGUUCAGCACUUUGGGGAGUCCUUUCCCUUUCUAAGUUGGGUGCCAAUAAUGAGUGAAAUCCCAACUUCCAGAGCUGUACUGUUUUUAAUGAUAGCUUUCGGUGUUAUUCCUACAGUUGCAUUCAAUGUGUCCAAUGUCUACAAGGUUGUUCAGGCAAGAAAAGGCAACAUGUUACUGGCAUUAGCCAUGCUCUACCCCUUUAUUGUGCUUAUGGGAGGUGUCUUGGUGUGGGAUUAUCUGUCUCCAUCUGACAUAAUGGGAAAAUAUCCUCAUUUAGUUGUGCUGGGAACCGGACUUGCAUUUGGGUUUCUUGUGGGAAGGAUGAUUCUGGCCCACUUGUGCGAUGAACCGAAGGGAUUGAAAACUAACAUGUGCAUGUCCUUAUUAUAUCUACCAUUUGCCAUUGCAAAUGCCCUCACCGCCAAACUGAAUGAUGGAGUUCCUUUGGUUGAUGAGUUCUGGGUUCUUCUUGGCUACUGUGUAUUCACAGUGGGGCUCUAUUUGCACUUUGCUACAUCAGUCAUUCAUGAAAUCACAACAGCCUUGGGUAUUAAUUGCUUCAGGAUUACUAGGAAAGAAGCUUGAGAAAUGCACGUUCUGAUCUAGGUGGUUAGGUUCUGUAUGCUCAAUUAUGAUUCAGCUGGCAAAUGUGGAGCUAUGAGGCAAAAAUUGAUGAUUUGGCGCAUCUGUAUUUUUUGGUUUAACAUUGAUGAUGGGGUUGUAACUGGAUUAGGCACAAGAUCCUGGUUCAACCAUGUUGAUACACUUUGAGGGAAAAAAAAACAUGUUGAUACACGGACUUUUAAUAUCAGAGUAGGGUAGGAAAUGUGAGGCAUGCAGACAUUUCAUGAAUCCCAAUGUUUUGAAAUUUUUAAGAUAGGUGCUUGAGCUUCUGCAUGCGAGGGAGGGAUUUCUUUGUUAUAUUUUCUUUCUUCUUUCCUUGUUUCCUUUUUGGGCGGAAGUAGGAAAUGGCUGUUGAUGCAUUGUUGGAUGAGCUUAGGAACUAGUAGUAUUAGGGCUUGGCUAUAAAUUACAGUUAAGAAGCAUAUGAUUGUUGGUAAGUGUCUGAAGGCAAGCCAAUGUUAUCUGUUAUCUGAGAUCAUAGUUUGCUAAUUGCUAUUUUCCUGGCUUGUUUGCAUAGGAAAGUCAUCUUACGAUUUGACGAUGAGAUUGUGGUUUGAUUUUUGGGCUGCAUUUGGGAUUUAAAUCAUAGUAAAAUGAAUCCUGAAUAUCUGAAAUUAUGUUUUCA